ACAUGCACUUGUGCUGCUUGCGCAAGGAAGAAAACCUAUUGAUCAUUCCGUACCGCUUACCACCUGAAAAUGCCGAACGUCGAAAUAUUGAUCCUGGGCGCAGGGUGGACAGCAACGUUCCUGAUUCCACUCCUUCGGGAACGCCAGCUUAAUUUCGCCGCGACCACAAGGGACGGGCGUAUGGUCGCCGGCGCAGACACAAUCGCGUGGUCUUUCGACCCCGAUUCGACCGAUGAUGGCGAGAAGAGCCAAUUCGGCAAGCUCCCAUCUGCCGACUUCGUUCUCGUCACGUUUCCUCUGACGGGUGCUGGCCCUUCCGCAAAGCUGAUCGAUGGCUACGAGAAAGCACAUGGCAAGCAACGACACGAUGUACAUUUCAUUCAGCUAGGCAGCACAGGUAUCUGGCAGAUUCCUCAGCCCUCCGUUUGGGUCAGCCGGAAGAGCCCUUAUGACACCUCAAACAAGCGAGCGAUCGCCGAGGACGAAUUGCUCUCGCUCGGAGGCUGUGUGCUCAAUCUGGCAGGUUUGUGGGGUGGGUCACGCAACCCAGCAGAUUGGGUAGAAAGGGUUGCAAAGACGAAAGAGGAUGUUCGGAAUAAGAAGAGUCUGCAUUUGAUACAUGGACUGGAUGUAGCUCGAGGUAUUGUUGCUGUGGUAGGCAACUGGAGAUUAGCACAUGGCCAACGCUUCAUGUUGACCGAUGGCUUCGUUUACGACUGGUGGUCGCUAUUUGCCGGUUGGGCUGAUCGAAAGGACACGGAAGGCAGUGUCUCUCGAGAACCAUCCCAGCAGGCCAAGUGGGUUUAUGAGCUACUGAAAGAAGAUAGCGUGCAUGCGUUGCCUCGUAGCAUGGAAGCUCUAGGGCGCUGCUACGAUGGUAGAGACUUUUGGCAUACUUUUUCCACUGUGCCAAUAAAGGCACGCGUAUGAAUACGAAACUUGAUGAUCGGAAAGAUGAUUGUGCCCGCUCUCAAAGUCUGCUCCGUCAACGGAGAGGAAGCCUCCCCGAUAAGUUAGUUGCGCCUGCAAUCGUAGUCGAUGACCGGCAGACUCGCUAGGAUAUCUAGUAACUGAGAGCCUAAAACUGUUC